AUGCCCACAGGGGGUGGCAAAAGCAUGUUAUUCAUGUUACCCGCGUGGGCCGUGCCCGGUGGCACCACCAUUGUGGUGGUCCCGUUAAUAUCAUUGCGCCAGGACAUGGCGCGGCGGUGCCGGCAGCUAGGGGUGUCAUGCGUGGCAUGGGACCGGCAGCGGCCGCCUGACGAGGCCGCCAUCGUGUUGGUGACGCCCGAGUCCGCGGUGACGAGCGAUUUCCAAUCGUUUAUUAACCGGUUAGUGAUAAUGCGCCGGUUGGACCGCAUGGUGGUGGAUGAGUGCUAUAUUAUCAUGAAUGCCUAA